AGUGCUCUCCCUCGCUCUCUGCUCGCGGGAUUGAUCGGGUAACUCCCCUCCGGCCCCUCAAUCUCCACCCCACUGCGAUUGGGUGAGUAAUGCGACGUGGGACACCCUCGACCGAUCCAAAUGCUCUGAUCAUGUGUAAUUCCGAUUGAGGCGAUCUCCGGCUGGGCGGUUAUCAGUUGGCCGCGUCCGCUGGGGGCCAUUGCGUCAUCUGCACUUUGUUUGUACACAGCAAUCGUGACCGAGGCCGUAAUGGGAUCCGCACACAGAUUACGCCGCCCGCGAAAAUUACUUUCACUCUCACUCUCGUUGACGGAACAGAAUCCGCCGGGCAGAUCACUUACCGUCCUCCAUCAUGCCGCGCCGGAUGGUCUUCCUCCUCCUGCAGCUGUGGACAGUGGUGCAGGGCCACUACUACGACUACGGCUACUGGGAGAUCAACGAUCCGCCGCCACUCUGCUCCGACUACGAGAUGCUGGUGGUCAACACCCAUCAGUGCGUAAGGCGCUGCAACAUCGUUUGCAGGGAAGGGGUUUGCUUCGAGGACGGAUCUUGUCCCUGUGCCGAUCAGUACCUAGCAGGGAAUCCAGACGGACUGGUUUGUGCCGCCGAAUGCCUUCCCGGUUGCACGGCAGCUGGCGGCUACUGUGCCGCCCCCGACCUCUGCGUGUGCCGCAAUGACAAGUACUACUACUUUGAUCCCCUAUCCCAAAAGUGCCGUCACAGGGUUGGACGACUGCUGGACCCCUGCCUUGGGCGCUGCACCCACGGCAGAUGCUCCUCCGACGGUCAGUGCAUCUGUGCCCAGGGAUACGAGCUGAGAACCAGUCUGUUCCACGGGCAACAAUGCAUGCCAUUAUGUGAUCACAACUGCGGACCCCGAGCCUACUGCUUCGCCCCCAACUUGUGCGCCUGCCGGCACAAGCAUUAUCACUAUACCCACAACGGCGUCUGCUCCCGGGACUAUUGACGAUGGGGCGCCAGCUGGAAAAGCAUGGGGCUGUUCUAGGCCCCCCCUGACGAUACCUGAUAAUUUUAUUUAUUUCUCAAUAAGGUUUUAUGUUUAAAAACUAUUUAUUUGAUUCGAAAUAUGAAAAGCUAUAAUAAUUUAAGUUAUAAAUUAUCAACUGAGCAGACACCAACUAGUCUUUCCGUUUUAAACCUGUAUAUGUAUGCAUGUAUGUAUGUAUGUAUCUCGCUGAAGCUUUACCAAACUUAUAUUCGUCCAUUUUAUUUUAACGCGUAUCUUGAAAUAUAAAUUUAACUUAAAAAACUUUUAAUUUCAAUUGAAGUGCUACAAUACCGUCUUUAAUCUUUUAAAUUACGUUGUAAACUAGUCAAGGCCCAUAUCCCAUAUGUACCAUACACACCCCAUCUUCUAAACGCACGGUUAUGUUCAAAUGGUCCUGAACGAUUCCGGCGACUAUAAAAAAAAUUUAUUCAAUAUUUUAAAAAAAAAACAAAAAAACUAAGCAUUAAAGUAGGCUAAGUAUAUCUGCUCAGUUGAGUCCAAAAACUGAAAUGCACUAACUUUGUAGGGGAACAAGCGCUGAUUUUUGAGAGCGAAAAGAGCUGUUAACUGGUUCUUGCCGCUCUUACCACGCCGAAUUACAGACUGAUUAUUAUUGUUUAUAACAGACCGAACACAUGGGAGGCCUGUCGCCUUUAACAUGAAUAUAAUAUAUACAUACAUACAUAUAUACAUGUAUAUACAUAUAUGUAUUUAUCUGAUAUCCUAUAGAUCGGCAGAGGAACGAGCGCCAAUCGAGGAAGACCAGUCAUGCGUACGUGCGUUUCAGAGGCGUCGCCUCCGAAUAAAACCUUUUGGAGGGGCUUCAAAAACGGGUGCAUCAGUUAAAAGAGUGUAUUUACAAGUUCCCAGCUUUGGCUGCUUCAUGUUUUCCUAAAAGCUCCUAAAUUUAAAGUAUCAAUGUUUGCCAAGCCUAUCAAAAUUAGGGUAUUUCUAUUGACCCACACCCCGCCCACAGGGUAUUUCUUAGAUAAAGCUACAGCCAAGAAAAGCAGCGCUGUCGACGGCGGCAUUUUUAGCUUCGCGCGUGUGGCGUGUUUUUGUUUUACUUUUUGUUGUUCCAUGGGAGGCGGGCCUCUUGCUGCUGUCAACGACAGUGGACAGUGUUCUAAAUAAAUAAAAAAGCAAGUACAGUUUAACAAUCAUUGUUGUUGGUCAUUGUAACUAAAAAUAAAAUAUUUCCCAACCAUUAAUUAUGUUAUUUGCUUAUUCAAACAAAAAAUAAUUAAUACAAAUCAGUAAUGGUAUAAAUGCAGAAGAAUAUAGUAGGUAAGUUAUUUUUAGAUAAGUUUAAGAAAAAAUAUUUAUAUAUUUAUUUACCAAACAACGUCAUAAGCUUAUCCAAUGUUUAGUGGGGUAAGUUCCACUGUGCCCGGCAGCAGCAACAGCAACAACAACGGCGCCAACAACAGCGGCGACAGCACUCGUGUCCGAUUGUUCUCCAUCGCGUUUCAGUUGGAGUUUUUCUGUCCAUCGACGCGGUCGAAUCUUUAGCUGGAGCUCCUGAACCCAGUCUGGAAAGCACUUUUUCUUUUUUGCUAACUGCAGCAAUUUAAAAUUUUAAUUAUCUGCAAGGCAGUUCGACGGGAAAAAGAAACCAAUAAAAAUGGGCCAAGCAAAG